AUGCCUCUCCCGCCCCCACCUUAUACCCCAUCGCAACCUCUAAUCAAGCCCUCGGACCUUUCAGCUCUACCUCUGCCGAUUAUCUUCAAGAUCAUCAGCUACACGCUGGACCCACGCGCUACACCAAAUAGGUGGAUCACGGACCUGGAGGAGGAGAAGGUGAGGCGGAUAUGGGGACUAUUUAUCGCACUCAGAGGAGUCUGCCGGAGUUUCUGGCUAGUAUCGACAUCAAUCCUCCGUACGACGUAUCACCCGCCGUACCUCAACCUAAUCCAGCCGGGCUACUCCUCCGACGCGUAUCCCCACGACUCCCACCCGUCGUACUUUGACUCUGCAAUUACUCCUGCGUCUGACAGUAAAGAAGAUGGUCCAGUAACUCCGGCAUCGACCGGGAAGACUGGGUCGGUACUUGCUGGUCGGUCCCGAGAAACGGCGGUCUUUGAUCGAUGGAUCGCCAUUAGGGUCGGCGAGGAACUGCGGUCGGUCGAGAGCUCGCUCAGUGAGGAAAGUGGAGCAGCGCAGGAGAUCUUCUCCCGCUUCCAGCCCGUUGCCCGAAUCGAAGACCUCCUACCGGUUUACAUUCCCAUUACUCUCGUCAAGCCCAGGCAUACCGCACCUGACGCACCUACGACCACUCUCCCUCUUCCGCAUACACAUCUUAGCGUAACGCUUACGCCGUCAUGGUGUCAGCUCUGGAGAUGGGCGAUGCCGUAUGGACGAGGAAGGAACGGGAAGGAUAUGGUCCUGGAGGUGAGGAGACAGGAAACGCUGGAGGGGACUGUAAAGAGAUUGGGGGAGGGGCUGGCGGAUAUGGCAGAGGGGCUGGUUCAAUGGGGUGGGAGGGUAUUAUGA